GCUCUAUAUAGUCCCUCGACAAUAAACUAACAUGUUCUCCACUUAUUUCACGAAGCAACAUAGCUAACGCUUUGUUUCCGUAUCAUCGUCCGCCAUGGAAGUUCCUUCCAAAACUCAACCCUUAUUCUCCAUACCAGUCGAUUCCGAUCACAAGGCCACCGAAUUCAAACCCUUCGAUCUAUCAUCACCUCACAUGCGAGCCUUCCACUUGGCUUGGUUCUCUCUCUUCUCCUGCUUCUUCUCCACCUUCUCCAUCCCUCCACUCCUCCCCAUCAUCCGGGACGACCUCAACCUCUCCGACACGGAUGUCGGCAACGCCGGCAUAGCCUCAUUCGCCGGCUCAAUCUUCUCUCGCCUUGCCAUGGGCCCCGCUUGUGACUUAGUGGGCCCUCGUAUGGCCUCCGCUACUCUGUCUCUCCUCACUGCUCCCGUAGUUUUCUCCGUAGCGUUCAUUUCCUCACCCCAAGCUUUCAUUCUCCUUCGCUUUCUCAUUGGGUUUUCUUUAGCCAACUUCGUGUCCAGCCAGUUCUGGAUGAGCUCUAUGUUCUCCAGCUGCGUCGUUGGCCGUGCCAACGGCGUCGCAGCCGGGUGGGCUAACGUCGGCUCCGGUUUGGCCCAAGUUGUAAUGCCGCUCUUAUAUACUCUCAUCAUGAGAUUUAACGUUCAAUCUUCUAUGGCUUGGCGCAUCGCUUUUAUCGUUCCGCCCAUAUUCCAAGCUGCCACCGGACUCAUGGUGUUGGCCUUUGGCCAGGACUUGCCGGACGGUAACUACAAACAUCGACGGAGAACCAGCAAAGAGCCAAAACAGAAGGUUUUCGAUGUUCUCUUCAAUGGGUUGAAGAAUUAUAGAGGAUGGAUUUUGGGUUUGACAUAUGGGUUCUGUUUCGGCGUUGAGCUAACUACUGACAAUAUCAUAGCGGAGUAUUUUUACGACAGGUUUAACGUUAAUAUGGACAUGGCGGGGCUUAUAGCGGCGACCUUUGGGAUGGCGAAUUGUGUGUCGAGGCCGACCGGUGGGGUGGUUUCCGACGAGAUGGGAAAGAGGUUUGGGAUAAGAGGGAGGCUGUGGAGCUUGUGGCUAGUGCAAACAGUGGCUGGGUUACUUUGUGUGUUACUCGGGCGAGUCAACUCACUCUGGGGGUCUAUACUAGUAAUGUGCAGCUUCUCUUUGUUUGUUCAAGCUGCUUCUGGGCUUACGUUUGGGGUAGUUCCAUUUGUUUCCAAAAGGUCCCUUGGAGUUAUAUCAGGGAUGACGGGAAGUGGUGGGACUGUGGGAGCCGUAGUGACCCAGUUACUACUGUUUUCAGGCUCUAAUAAAUUCUCAACCCAAACAGGCAUUUCUCUCAUGGGUCUCACGAUGCUUCUCUGCACUCUCCCAAUCACUCUCAUCUACUUCCCACAAUGGGGUGGCAUGUUCUGUGGCCCUUCCAUUGAACCUGACUCCAUCAAUGACGAUUACUACUUGCUUGUCUAAGAUUCAGAUAUGAAAGACCAAAGACCUACGUUGAUCUACGAGGUUCAUGCCUGAAGAUUCAGAGUGAGAGACACUGGCUCCCUUAUAUAUACUUGUAGCAUAAUACCCAACAAACAUGUAUCAAAUUGACCAAGACUUCUCUAUGGAAACUCAGAUUUUGGACAACUCUUCAUCACCAAAUUGUCCCUGGCCCUGGCAGAAAUUUUAGAGUUUC